AUGAAGCGACAUUUCAGCAUCUUCUUCGGCAAGGAGGCCGGCUCCGCCUCAAUCUCCCCGCCUCUAGACGAAGCAUCUGAUAGUGCUCCUCCAGACUUCAGACAGAGACAUUCCUUCCACAGCUCUCCGCCACGCCUGCCCGCUUCAGACCAAUUGAGUCCUCUCAAGGUGAGCCUUGAACGAGCAGACUUGCCUAGACGCACUGAUGGCAGCGUCGCGCAGAACAGGCCCAAGAAGGAGGACAAGGGCAUCUUAAAGAUCCCCGCUAAGACGAAGCAGGAUACCCUUAUGCCCGGCAUGAGGCAGACUGUACGAAGCGCAUCAGCCGGUCCAAUGACCUUCAUCAAACAGCAGAAGGCAUCCGAGCCUUGCCGACCACGGCUGCCGAAUCAAGAAGUCCAAGCCUUCAACGCGGAGCUCUUGAGAGCAGCCGCUGCCCGAAGUACCAUCUGGCAUUCACCUCGUAAAGUCAGGGAGGAGGCCAGAGCUAGAGCCCAGCAAAGCAGCAGCCAGGCACACAAUGGCACUGUACGCACGGGACGAGGCCCCACUGCUGCUGGACCUGGAUGCGGGAUACAUGCUUCUGGACGGCAAUUCUCGGCUACGAGUCUGGCCGACCGUCUGGGUCUAGCUAGAGAGUCUGAGAAGAAGGAUGGCGGUGCAUAG